AUGAGUCCAAUGAGGGUGGUGUCGUCCGCGAACUUGAUCAGCUUCACGGAGUCGUGGCUGGAGCUCCGUGGCUUUGACAAAAACUCAAUUGAGACCAAAGCAGUGCACAUUCACCAGUUUGGAGACCUGAGCUCUGGCUUUGGCUCCCCUAGGGGCCACUACUACCCUCACAACCGCCCCACCCUGGACCCGCUGCAGUUCGCCUACAGAUCCAACAUCGGAGUAGAGGACGCCGUCAUCUACUUCCUGCAGCGGACGCUCUCCCACCUGGAGCCCGCCGGGAGCGCUCAUCCAGGAGACUUCGGCAACUUCCUUAUCCAGGACAGGCGCAUCAUCAUUGCCCUCCAGUCUCAGGCCAAACCGUUUGGAGAGCACUUGAUCCUCUGCAGAGCCGUAGUCAACCACCUGAACCAAGACGACCAGGGGCAGGGAGGCAAUGAUUCUAGUCUGAAGAAUGGGAAUGCUGGCCACAGGGUUGGCUGCUGCUGCUUCAUUGGGGUCACCUCUUGUGCUCCUUGGAACAAACACUCUUCAGUUUGA